AAUUUAAAACAGAAUACUCUCUCUCAUUGCACAAACGCUUCCCCUCUCUCUCUCCAUUCGCGCUCUCUCUCUCUCCAGUCUUCGCCAAUUUCAGAUUCCCUCCGUCUCCCUCUCUCUACAAGACUACAACAACUGUCUCUAUAAAUUCCACCCCACAGGUCCUUAAUUGCCUUCCAACCUCUGACCGUUUUCCACUUAAAUUUUCCUUUUGUUUUCUGUUACUUUUACUCCGACUCCUCUCUCGGCCACACGCUACCCUCUCUAUCUCUACAGCUCGCGCUGAGAUUGAUUCAUUUCGUCAGGGCGUGUCGUGCAUAUAAGAUAUCUAUCUGAAGACAAAGAUGAAUCACGCUUUGGCAGCCUGUGAAGAGAUGAGGAGCUAUGUUUCUGUUUCUGAUCGAAGAGAGGCGGUGGUUUGUCCGAAACCUCGUCGUAUCGGGUUAUUGAACGCAGGCGUUAACGAUCCGAUUAUCAGGCCUUUGAGAUGGCAUGUGAGUCAUCAUCCCGAGAUAUUUGAAUCAAGAGCAGGAACAGAUCUCCUCGACCUCAUCCUCCCUAAGGGGGUUUGUGGUGGAGAGCAUCAAUCUUGUGCGCAAGCAGCAGUCGCCUCGUCGCCCCCAUUUUUUUCUGGGUCUCCGCCGAGCAGAGUAUCUAACCCAUUAAUUCAAGAUGCCCGAUUUGGCGAUGAGAGCUUCGCCCCAAUCUCACCGCAGUCGAUUCCUAUUCCGUCGGGGUUGAAAAUAUCGUCUCCUUCCUCAUCCGCUAGAAAAGGCGGAUUUGUUCGUGUGAGCUUUGGAAACAACCCAGCUGUGAGAAUUGAGGGUUUCGAUUGCCUCGACAGGGAGAGGCGCAACCGCAGUAUCCCUGCCCUGGCUUAGAGAAACCCAAUUCCAAAAGUACAUAUACAACUGAAGCAGAUGAGUUUUGAACAUUGUCACUGAGGAGCGAAAAGUGGAUCCUUGCUAUUGAUGUAAAUAUGUUUAAAGGGUCUGUUAUGUAUAGUGUCUGUAAGUAAAAUGUAGUUAACGAAGUACUACUAAUCGAGAGCGACGGAGGUUCUUAGGUUUCUAUUUGUGUUCUUAGGAAGCUUUUGAAACUACACAUCCCCUCUAAUGAUGUAAGUAGGUAUGAGAGAGGGAAAUUCCUAAGAAUUUUUGGUACCGUUUUGUGUCGAAGAAGUCGAGUCGUACUAGGCCUUUGGGAGAGAAUUUGUAUAUAUGAAGUCGGUAUGGAGUCUCCAUUAGUUGUCAUAAGACAUAUUACCAUGUUAAUAUAUGAUCCUCGUUCAGUCUC